GGUACCCAGGAAGGGGCGGGGCAGAUGCAAAAGUAGGAGGCUGCGGAGGAGCUCCCGGAGCUCGGGGCCCGAACGGAGGGCACCCUGACGAAGGUCGGACUUGCCUGCUGCCUAGGAGGAGAAGAGCAAGACCUCUCCCCCUCUGGGAUCCUUCUUCCUGCCCAGCUUAGUCUGCAGAGAACCAAGACCUGGCCCCAGCAGGGAGCCUGGAGCCAGAGGGAAUGGCCCCUGGGAGCAGCAGCCCCCCUCUCCAGGUACCAACAACUAACCUAGGAAGACUACAGGGAGAAGUCGCUCAAAAAAGUCCCCAGCAGCAGAGCCAGGUGAGACAUGAGGAGAUGGCUGAGGGGUUGGUGACAUUCGAGGAUGUGGCUGUCGACUUCACCCAGGAGGAGUGGGGCCUCUUGGACCAUGCUCAGAAGGAGUUGUACAAGAGGGUCAUGCUGGAGAAUGCCCAAAACCUGCUCUCCCUGGGGCUUCCAGUUUCCAGAGAAGACAUGAUCUCUUAUUUUGAGCAAAGGGAAGCCCCGUGGAUGCUGGAGCACAAAGGCCUGAGGAGCUGCUGGCCAGGAGAGAGCAGUCUUGAAAAGAAGGAAAUUACUGAAAAGCUAAGCCUUUCUGUGGAAGAAACUCACAAGCAAAGAUUCAUGAAUGAUAGUCCCUGUGACUUCAGUUGGAAAGAAGUAUGCACAACACCUGAGAGUAUCCACACUGCAGAGAAAUAUUAUGACUGUAAACAGUGUGGAAAGGGUUUUACAAAGAGGAGGUAUCUUACUGCACAUCAGAGAAGCCACACAGAAGAGAAACCUUACAAAUGUUAUCAAUGUGGAAAGACUUAUAAAUGGAAGGAUGGUCUUCGUCAACAUCAGAGGAUCCACACAGGAGAGAAACCUUAUAAAUGCAAUCAGUGUGGAAAGACUUUUACAUGGAAGGACAAUCUUGUAAAACAUGAGAGAAUCCACACUGGAGAGAAACCUUAUGAAUGUAAUCAAUGUGGAAAAAUGUUUAGUGAGAAGAGAUCUCUUAUUUCACAUCAGAGAAUCCGCACUGGAGAGAAACCUUAUGAAUGUAAUCAAUGUGGAAAGACUUUUAGAGAAAAGAGAUUUCUUAUUGCACAUCAGAAAAUCCACACUGGAGAGAAACCUUUUGAAUGUCAUCAAUGUGGAAAGGCUUUUAUACGGAGGACUCCUCUUAUUGAACAUCAGAGGAUCCACACUGGAGAGAAACCUUAUGAAUGUCAUCAAUGUGGAAAGGCUUUUACACAGAUCGCUCAUCUUAUUCAUCAUCAGAGGAUGCACACUGGAGAGAAACCGUAUGAAUGUAAUCAAUGUGAAAAGGCUUUUAGAGAGAAGAGAUCUCUUAUUGCACAUCAGAGAAUCCACACUGGAGAGAAACCUUAUAACUGUAAUCAAUGUGGAAAGGCUUAUAUGCAGAAAGACAGUCUUGUUGACCAUCAGAGAAUACACACUGGAGAGACACCUUAUACAUGUAAUCAAUGUGGAAAAACUUUCAGAUGUAGGAGGGCUAUUGGUGAACAUCAGAGGAUCCAUACUGGAGAGAAACUUUAUGAAUGUAAUGAAUGUGGAAAGAUUUUUAUAUGGAAGCGCAGUCUUGUGAGUCAUGAAAGAAUCCACACUGGAGAAAGACCUUAUGAAUGUUCCGAGUGUGGAAAGGCUUUUACACAGAGGGGCAGUCUUACCAAACAUCAGAGAAUCCACACUGGAGAGAAACCUUAAGAAUGUAAUCAUUUAAUUUUGAUUACAUUAAAUUGAAGUUUUUGUACAAAUAAAGCCAAUGGAACCAGGAUUAGGAGGG